GCCAAAGUAUCACGCACAUAACGAUCAGAAUGAGGGCAGCAAGCCCUGGCGGAACCUUCGCGAAUGAUGUCCAGUCUGGGAAAACCGAGAGUACAAAGUGCUCGCUACCAGAUCCUGAUGAAGUCACCCUCUGCGAACUGAACGGUGCUCUUGAGAAUAUCAAGAGCAACGAUGACCCAGCCCUGGAGAGAUUUGCAAAAGCUGGUGGUAUCCUAUAUCCAUCGAUCAAACUUCCGUACGAGGUGGACGACGCGUCAAGAACAUCCUCUCAUUCGUAUGCGAAUUGGAGCUCGAAGACACGGUCCAGUGUGUACCCAAUAAUAUCGCAUAUCACAUCACUGGAUUUUUGGAUUGCAACUCAAGCUCAUUUGAAAGCGAUUGCGGAAAAUGCCUGUCGCCUCAUGAAUGGAAAAGCGAAUAUUCAACUUCAGCACAUGGAGUACUAUACGACACUUCUGCAAGAUAUGCAACGCGCACCUGUCAGAACCCUUGCGUGGCAUCACUCGCGUCAAGUUCUGGCCAUUGUCCACAGGCAAGACAGUGUACACAUCUAUGAUGUUGUUGCAGAAAGGUGGUUUCCCAGACCUACCCUUGGGCUGAAUCAUCCUUAUCAACGGGAUGUAACAUGUGCUGUGUGGAAUCCACAUGGAGCGCCUGUCCUUGCUGUUGGAUCCAAAUAUGGCGUUUGUCUGUGGCGUCUACUCUUUGAACAAACCGGAUUUCAGCAAGGCGGAGAUGCGAAUUUUGAUCGAGACACAGUUCCGGCGCUCUUCGAUGAAGUACAUCCAGGCUACGCAUGGAUGAAUUUUCUACGCGUUCCUGGCUUUGAAAGUAUCACGACCUUAGCAUGGUCACCGGACGGUCAAUUUCUAGCAAUGGGGUCGGGUACAAAUUCAGCAAUCAUAAUUUGGGACGUUGCGGCGGAGGUCCCGACGUCCAUCAGCAGGCCAUGCAAGGGCACAGCGGAAUUAAAAUGGAGUCCAGACGGGAUGUUCCUUAUCCAAGCAUGCACGACUCAUCGUUUGAUCAUAUGGGAAACGCGAACAUGGGAAGGAAAGUCUUUGCCGACGCAUCACGGCCGACCACAUUCUGUCUGUUGGAUGCCGGACAGUAAAAUGUUCAUGUUUGCGAUGGAAGGUUCUGAUCAAAUAAGCGUAUGGCAAAUGAAUAGCCCACCACCGCAUCUCGAGUGUAAGGAUGUAUAUACCCUGCCCGUGCCUAUGCGCAUUAGUCGAACGUCAGCCGGUACUAUGUUAAAGGUCGGCGGUGUCAUCAAGCGUAUGAGUUUUGAUCCGACUGGGGAGCGGUUAGCUUUGGCCUUUGAGGGCGAUCAUCUGGGUGCCGAAUUAAUAUAUCUCCUUGCCGUGAGAACGAGGCCCUUGCCCAAAUUUCAACCACUUGGAUACAUCCGAGGACCAAAAUGGAACCCACGUGAACCACAACCUCAACCCCCACGGUCCCCUUACCGACAGGAAGUCGACGCACCAGAGCGGGGCCAUACCCGUAUCACGACGACCUCGAACUGGGAGGCAAGUCCCCAGAAUCAGCGUCCAGUAGAACGGAGCGGCAACAAUGCACCGCCUCUACCAAUGGCUCUGGGCUUUCAUCCACAAUUCGGCAGAGGGGCCUUACUAACGGUGGUUUGGGAAAAUGGGAAAAUUGGUUGCGUUCCACUAUAUUUUGGUUGAGCUACGGUCAUUUAAUACUAUAUGCAGUACCCAUCAUUUUCGGUGAAG